UGAGUAAAUGCCACUAACUUCAGACAUAAAAAAGAGCAGUACAACAACAAAAAAUUUGUGUGGUGGUGAACAAUGUCGCAAAUAUGGAUGAAUAGAAACGUUGGUACUACACACGCUGGUAGGAAUGAACAUUAACCACAAUUAAAUGGGACUUACUCGACAGAAAAGAAACUACAGUGAAGUCGAAAAAAAUAAUCACAGACAACAAAUUAUGAUGUAUACGAAAGCAAAAUCUCAAAAUCGAGAGCUCGUGAUACCAUUUAGAAAACAGUACUCAUGUAUUUUAGUUGUGUGCGCUACGAAGUUACUUAAAGCACUUGCACUUCUCUCACUCAAUUACUGUCUCUUCUUCUAAUACUCAUAUUUCAUGUUAUGUGAACAAAGUAGCCAUAAAAAACUCUUAAGAAAAGUUCAAUCAUGAUGAGUCCAAAGGAAAAGAAAUUUGUGAGAUUUGAAGAUUGGAAGUCAGAAUCAUCAUCCUUUAAUAUUUCACAAUAUGAUUCUUCAAUGGAUGGAUUUGAAAAAAGAAAAUCUAAACCAAGUUUUAGUCCUGCAAAAAAUAAUGAACCGUCGAAAAAACCAGCUUCUAGGUUUACUGUUCUUGAUCCACAAGGUCCACUGCUUCAAAAAUGGAACAAGAUCUUUGUAAUAACAUGCGUGAUGGCAGUGUCGAUGGAUCCGCUGUUCUUUUACAUCCCUGUGAUUGAUGACAAGAGAAAAUGCCUUGACUUGAGUAGAAAAUUGAAGAUUACUGCGAGUGUUCUUCGCACGUUUUUCGAUCUUUUCUAUAUUCUUCGUAUAAUAUUUCAGUUUCGAACCGGGUUUAUUGCUCCUUCUUCGCGCGUGUUUGGAAGGGGCGAGCCCGUUGAUGAUCCUUUGGCUAUAGCAGUGAGAUACUUAAGUUCUCAUUUCAUCAUUGAUAUUCUGUCAAUUCUUCCCCUUCCUCAGAUGGUGAUUUUGGCUAUGAUUCCAAUUCCACAAUGCUCAGUUCCGUAUAUAGCAAAGGAUUGGUUGAAGUAUACAAUAAUAACACAGUACGCGCCGAGACUUUUGCGAAUCUAUCCGUUGUUCAAAGAAGUAACAAGCACUUCUGGUAUAUUGACUGAGACAGCAUGGGCUGGAGCUGCUUAUAAUCUUUUUCUCUAUAUGCUAGCAAGUCAUGUGGUUGGAGCUUUUUGGUAUUUGUUUUCGAUAGAAUCAGAGUUGCGGUGUUGGCGCAAACGAUUGAAGAGUACUGGAAUUUUUGAUGAUUCCUCCUACUUGAGCUGUGGACGGGUUAAUUCGGCUGUUUUUUCGCUUCUCAGCAAUUCUACUACUUGUCCUUACAAAGAACCAGAUGAUAUCAUUGAUCCAACAGUUUUUGAUUUUGGAAUAUUUAUAGACGGUCUAAAGUCUCGUGUCGUCGGUUCGACUACAGACUUUCAUCAUAAAUUCUUCUACUGUUUUUGGUGGGGUUUGCGCAAUUUAAGUUCUGUUGGGCAGAAUCUGAAGACAAGUACUUAUAUUGGGGAGAUAAUCUUUGCGAUCUUCAUCGCCGUGUUUGGAUUGGUUCUAUUCGCAUUACUUAUUGGAAACAUGCAGAAAUAUCUACAAUCUACAACAGUUAGAGUUGAAGAGAUGAGAAUCAAAAGGAGGGAUGCAGAACAAUGGAUGUGUCACCGAAUGCUACCGGAGUUCAUGAAGCAAAGAAUUCGACGGUAUGAACAAUACAAAUGGCAAGAAAAUCGAGGUGUCGAAGAGGAGACGUUGAUUCGCAACCUCCCGAAAGAUCUCAGAAGAGACAUAAAGAGACAUCUUUGCUUAGAUUUACUUAAAAAAGUGCCGAUUUUUGGCAACAUGGAUAAACAGUUGCUAGAUGCAAUGUGUGAUAAACUCAAACCAGUCCUUUAUACCGAGAAAAGUUAUGUUGUUCGCGAAGGUGAUCCAGUGGACGAAAUGCUCUUCAUCAUGCGCGGAAAACUUGCGACCGCCACAACAAAUGGUGGAAGAACUGGUUUCUUUAACUCGUCGGAGCUAAAGGCUGGUGAUUUUUGUGGAGAGGAGCUUCUAACAUGGGCAUUGGAUCCUACCACUUCCUCUAACUUACCUAUUUCAACGAGUACUGUGGAAACUAUAUCAGAAGUUGAAGCUUUUGCUCUCAUGCAUGAUGACUUGAAGAUUGUUGCUUCUCAAUUUCGCCGUCUUAUUAACAGAAAACAACUUCAACACACUUUUAGGUUCUAUUCAUUGCAAUGGAGGACAUGGGGAGCGCGGUUCAUACAAGUAAUAUGGCGUCGAUACAGAGAAAAAAGGGCUCAGAAAGCAUUGCGUGAAGCAGAAGAAAGACAACAAAAUGCUUCUGAAAAUGAGGAAGAGUGUUCGCCAAGCUUUGUUUCCACUAUGUAUGUACAAAAGUUUGCAUCUAAUGCAUUAAGGCAUUUAAGAAGUGGCAAAAGAGUGACACAGACGCAGACGCAGACGCCGACACAGAUAAAGAGAUUGCUACCACUCUUGCCCAAGAAACCAGCUGAGCCAGAUUUCAUUACUCAAAAGAUCUAAGAGUAUGUUGUAGAAGUAGGUUUCUUUUGAAGUUUAGCUUUUUAGUAAACCAAAUUUAAGAAGUGUGCAUAGUUAAAACAUUAUCUAUAGCAAAUGAUGUUGGUCUUUUUGAGAAUUUGUAAAACUAUGUAUGUUGCAUAUAUAUGUAAAUAUAGAAAGUGUGUAAGAAUGUGUAAUUGUUAUGGUUUGAGUUUUUGUACA